CUGGAUCUCCACAACAUAUCUGUGCCAGUUUGGCACGGCGGGCGUCAACGACAAUCUGGCGGAAGCAAAAUUAUAAUUUUCAGGGUAACAGUGAAUUUCAUAGUUGUUGGUAGCAUUGACCAAGCCAGAAUUUGAUUUUUCGUGCUGAUCAGUUCAAGUUGAAUUUCGAAGAUGCUGUUUUCCGUUGUAAACCUUUGCUUCGUGUUGGGCGUUCUUGUGCGUGUGUCGUCUGGUGAUGAUCAUGAGGAGGGCAAGACCGACCUGGGCCAGUUCAUCUCGUUCCCAGACCUGAGCAUGUGCUCGAGCGGUGCCCUGCUGCAGGCUGUCAUGGCGGACCUGAUGAGGAGAAUGUCGGAGAUGGAGAACACCGUGAGGCCACAGGCAGCCCUGAUUACCGAGCUAGAGGACCGAGUAAGAAGCCUUGAGGAACAACUGGUCCAGGAGCGAACCACCCGCGCACGGCUGGAGGGGAGGGUCAACACCACUCAGGCUGGUCUGACCCUUGUGCAGGACACUUCUGCCCGGCAGGGCGAAAUGGCGGGAAAACUGAAAUCUGACUUGUGUCGAGCAACACCGAAACUGGGGAGACUCUUCCACCAGAAAUCAUCAGCGGGGCACUACAAGUACGACCUGGAAGAGGCGAAGCACGCAUGUGCAGUGAGGAAUGCGACCCUCGCCUCCUAUCACCAACUGUACGAGGCCUGGCAGGACGGACUGGAUGUCUGCGCAUGCGCCUGGCUGUCUGACGGGACUGCCCGUUAUCCCACACAGACGGCAAGGAGUGGUUGUGGGAACAAGGUGGACAUCAUCAACUGCGGGGACCACACGCCAAACGACGCCUGGUGCUUCCGUGAGAUGGCCAACUGUGGCUGAACAGUACACAUGGCUAGCUGUGCGAUUUUUUUACCUCCAUGUGAAUGUGACUGAACACCACACAUGGACAAGUGUGACUAAACAACACACGUUGACAGCUAUGACUGAAUAGUGCACAUGGCUAGCUAUGAGUAUGAAUGUACAACACACAUGGCCAGCUGUGACAGCACAAGUCACUAGUCUCUUAUAGACUAAUUUGAUUUCUCAGAAAAUGGAUGGCAUUUGCCAAACAGAGAUGAAUAUGAAGAGUUAGGCACUAGCACUGCUUGAGUAUGUUAAGUACCACAACGGAUACGUAUGCAAUACGAGAGGUUGCAUAAGUAAUUGUGAUUGUGUCGAUGCGGCAUGUUUGCAAAACGCUAUCUUCCAGUUUUAUGACCAACGUUACGUUAGUUGAUACGGAUAGGGGCGUAACACGCCAGUUUAUCAUAGGUCCAGGACCCGUUGGACUGGUUCAGUUAAUGAACCCCAUGAAUAAAGAGACGA